GGAUAAUAGAAAGCAUGCCUGUCUCCAAGUAAACAGAGGCACACAAUGAGCACGAGGGAAUGUGGACAUCCAGUCCAGUUAACUCGAGAGCGCUGCCUGUGAAGAAAUCUGGGGGUGAACACAGUGGCUCCCCCCGCAGGGCGUUUUGAGAUACUACAGGGCUUCGAGCAGAGGGUCUGGAGUCAGCAGCCAUCAGUGAAUGGCCACAAGCCCAGACUAUUACAGCACUUAUGACCACAGCCGGACGGUAAGCAACCAAUCAGGAGACAGCGAGAGCAGCGAGGUCACACAGAAGACUCAUGCCAUGGAGGUCAAGGGUGACCUGAUCACAAGCCAUGACCUGCAGGCCGGUCAGGACAGUAAGCAGCGCGUGGAGCGGAUCUCAGAGCUGCAGGAGCGGAGGCGCAGCCUGCAGUCGCUCCUCAACACCCGUCUGUCCGAGCUGCGACGUGUCUGCCUGCAGGAAGCGGAGCUGAUUGGAGAGGUUCCCCCUGAGUUUCCUUUGGAGGUUGGAGAGAGACCCCCGUUUGUGCGCCGAAGGGUGGGCUCCACACGGCACGGUCCCAAACACACAGGGAAGGGAGAGGAUGAGGAAGCCAGCCAGAGGAAGUUGAAGAAGACGCUGUUCAGUGGCGCCCUCCGCAGGCAUAACGACUCCGAGCAGCAGCCGUCUCACGGCAAGAGAACGGUCCAUCGUGGAUGCCACACAGAUAACGCAGUGAAGUCGGAGAGCAGCUCCACGUCAGACUCCACAGGGCAGGACAACGAUGAGGUGUUCUCUCCUGACUGUUUGUCUCCGGCUCGUGCCCGGGUGGCUCAGGAGAGCCCAGACAGCAGGUUCUGUCGUAAGCUCUCCCCCGUGGAGAUCUACUACGAGAUGAGAACGCGCCGCAACUCGGUGGCCAGCUCAGCCAGCCCAAACCGCUCUCUCCCAAGAAGCGUGUCCAACCUGGAGGGCAGGAGUGUUCCUGCCACCCCGCUCCUGUCACGCACAGGCCCAGCCACGGCACACAUCAGGUCAGAGGUAUCUGCGACUAAGCAGUGGUCAGACAAUCCUGAGGCACCGCAGGUGGUGCCUCUUCAGACUCAGGAGGGGUCCUCGUCGGGGUCCUUAGAGCAGAGUGGCUCAUACAGCGCCCAGACGCGGCGCAGCAAUAGCUCUGAGGCACUUCUGGACCGCGCUGUUUCUGUUGACGACGGCGCACCCCAGCGAAACGGGAUGCCAGCAAGGGGGGGACCUUACAAAAGCUCAGAGGCACUGACAGACGGCCGUCUGAGGCAAGCGCAGAGGGGAAGCCCUGACAGGCAACCCGCGGGACACUCUGACCCCAACAGAAACCGCACCUCUGUUGGGGGUCGCACAGGUGGAGGGAACUACAAUGAGAUCCUGCUGGACUAUGUGUGGGGCAAGCAGCAGAAGAUGCAGGCCCAACAGCAGCAGCAGCAACAGCAGCAGAGAAUGCAGCCUCAUGUCAACGGCAAACCCAGACCUUGGCCUGAGGGCUCAUCAGGACCCCCCCUGCCCCAAUAUAAUGGCUUCCCCCCACCAUCUCAGCCUCUGCAUCUCUCAGGUGGACCACCAGCCUAUAGCCCACACAUGCUCCGGGGCAAGCCAGGGGAACCGCGCCGGGUCAAAGUCACACGGACCAAAUCCUGUGGGCCGUUCAUACCCCUCCAGCAGCACCAGCAGGAGACCAUCUUGCUGUCAGCUUACUCUGAAAACCCACCUGCCACAAACGGCUCCUCCCCACUGCUGUGUACUCACAGCAUGGACCCGUCAGGCUCACAGAACACGCACAGGCCACUGCCGCAAAUCACCACAGACUCCUCGUCCUCCACGCCAGACAACGCCACUCGCAGCUUGCACAAGGCCCUGGCUUUGGAGGGGCUCCGAGACUGGUACUUGCGGAACACCCUGGGCCACACGACAGUGAAUGGUAAAGGCCAGGAGGGGGCACCCAUGCGCCGGCGCACCACAAACUCGUUGCACGCUUCGCACGGCCCGCACCCUCCUCUCACCCACCAGCGAAACUCUUUCCAGGGUGAUGCACCCCACUACUCCCAGUGCCGCAGCUCCCAGCUGCCACAGUCCCAGACCUUUCACGGGCAUCCACUUCACGGCAGGUCAGUGGAACUGUCUUUGUAUCAAGACAGCUUUCCCUCCAAGAUGCAGGAGCUGACCCUCAAAGAGUCCAGUGCCGAGCGCCCCAGCCCAGGCACCCUGGUCUGACAACCACCUCACGCAUGAUAUGCAGACAAAAGCACAGACCGUAUCCAACCCACCACUUCCACAGUAACUGACAGGUGUGAGUGAAACUUGGAGUAGGUGAUGGAGAUUAAUUUUUUUGGACAUUCUCAAUGAACGGAGAGUGGAGGGUGAUGAACAAAAUGGGAGGGGUGUGAAAAGUAAUAUGUUGCCCUCUCAUGAUCCCUGAAAUUGUCUACGUAAAAAACAAUCCCACUAGUCAUGUUGGUUUCUUUCAUGAGGAAACCUUUUAAACUAAAUGCCAAUGCUUCUAGUCCUGCAGUUCAUCAUCAAAAUAAGAGUACUUUGGAUAUUAGGACACCUACAAAUCACUCCAGAAUAACAGCUUUUUUAGUGAAGAGAGGAACUUAAUUAUUCACUCAGUCUGGGCUUGAGACGUUCUCUUAGUAUUAACAGUACAGAUUAAAGUUUUCAUAAAUUUUCAAACUACUUAAUGUGUUUGAAAGGCAGUACUGCCAACCCUUCAACCACUGAAAUACUUCCAAGUAUAUUUUGCAAUCAUUUUUAUAUGUAAACUAACUAAUGCACCCGUUUGUCUCAGGCAGAUUACUCUAUCCCUAUUUUUGAAUAUAGUAUCAAUAUUUGCUGGCAACAUUUGAAUGAAAGCUAGCCAAUAUUAAAGAAGCAAUAUUAUUGUCACAGAAAUUUGUAUGAAAUACCAAAAACUAAAUACAUAAUGCAUAUCCUGGCCUAUGUGGACUUGUAAUAUAAAAUACAUUUGUAUGAAUGUAGUAUGAAAUGAUGAACAGCUUCAUUAAAUCAUCUAAAUUAUUAGUAUUUAAGAGUAAAUGGAUGACCUUUUAUGGCCUGGCAUAUGCUAGAAAGGCAAAAACAAAUGGAUAUUUUUUGUCAAUUGUUGUAUCCAGAUGUAUCCAUCUUUCAGCAGAAAUGUUUUAGCUAGAUUGGAAUGCUUCAGAUACUUAGAUUUCUACAGGGACUGCAUUGUGUCGUGAGAACACCAGCCAAGUGACCUGUACAGUCACAGAGAUUACGGUAUAACCUUGUACAUCUUUAGUUUCAUAUCCACAGAUUAGUGUACACAUGAAACACAGCUUUCCCCCCAUCUUACAUAACAUGCUCUCAUGGCCUGAAGCUGUUCAACAGUAUUAUCAAAGGCAUCACAUUACAGUAGGAUGUAAGACCCAGUGCAAUAUUAGUUUUUUUUUGUUCAGUGCCAGUGUUCCCCAGGCUUAAUUUAUCACAAGGUUAUAUCACAUUAUAAAAUUCGGUUUUUGAAUUAGGAAAGAAUUAAUGGAAUGAGGGAACUGAUGUCUCCCUUGCCUUUGUAGAUCAUGGAGAAAAUGUAUGUGCAAGAGAGGCCCACCCUGUCUUGAAUGCGCGUCAAGGAUAUUGUUUUAUAUAAUUUUGCUAAUCAGCCAUCAGUGAUUGUGUUUUGGAACUCAAAGUGUUAUCAAAGUGCAUUAUAUUCUUGUCUAUUCACAAGUGUCAUGAACAACCCACCCCUGCAUUUCUAACGAAAUGAAGUGUUCUUCAAGAAUUGGCCACUAGGGGGAGAGCUCUCCCCAGUUUACUGUAAAUGACACAAACUCCCUCAGCCAUUAAGAACAAACAAGAGCAAGACCUGUUUGGAUGCAAAGACAUGUGGUCAAGAAGCAGCAAAUGCAGCAACAAAUCAAUCAGCCUGCUACUUGCAGAUGUCUCACCUAUGCUAUUGCACAUUGUUGUGCCUGUUCCUUCUUGUAGCUAUACUUAGGCAUUCUCAGAACUAUCAUGUCACAGUUGAACAUGUUGUACAUGGGUAAGGGCUUUGUCAUUGCCAUGUGUCAUUUUAGUUGCCUACUCUUCUGUAUAUUAUUGUCAUUGUAUGUUGUACACAUAUCAAUCUCAUUUUUUUCUUUCUUUUCUUUACAAUGAUGAUCACAGUGUAUACCGUUACAUGUCAAGAAUGCCAGCUGUCAACCAUUGUGCCUAUCAGCUUCAUCAAGUAGAAAUGUCCAUAUGUUUUGGCAUUAGGAACCACAUUCGGCAUAUUAGCUGUUUGUGAAAACUUGCUGCCAUUUGUACUGUAUUAUACAUGUAUUUCUGUUUAAAGGGAUUGUUGAGAAAAUUAAGAGGGAGGGGACCAGAUUGUAUUUGCUUUCAUAGGCUGUAACACUGCAAAAAAGCAUAUAUAUGGAUUGCUGGCAAAUCCACUGUAGAUAUGAUCUUUUGUCUGUCGUAGUGAGUUGGCCUCCGUUGAACUCUUCCUUGUCAUUGUUGCAUGCAGGUACUUGUGCCCUUUCUCAGCACCGUCAUAUAGGCUAGUCUUCAUGCUAGACCCUCUUCUCACAAUGUAACCCCUAACUGAGCCAUACCCUACUCAUCAACCCUAGAGAUCUAGAGAUACUCCACAGUGUUAAGUAGCACUAGGCUAGCGCUAACUUCUAUCCAGCUUCCAUCUAGCAUCAUGUCUAAGAGAACUUUUUUUUUUUUUUUUUUUUUGAGAGUGUGCUGAAGCAGUCAGGAGCUUUUGGGCGUUUUGUGUCCUGUAGCUUUAUCCUUGCCACCAGAUGCUGCCGUGUUUGUCUCAGGACCAACUGUAUGCUGCUGGGGUCAUGCCUCUCUCCUCCGGGAGCGAUGAUUUGUGUGGAAAAAUGGUUUGCUGACAGAAUUUCAAUCCUCUGUCGCAUUGUAUAUUGCACUGAUAUCCCUCCCCUGGGAGACGUGAGAGAGGAGAUUGCGUGUUUGAAAGCACAUUAUUUACCUGGCUACGCAUAUAUUUUCUCUUCUGUCUGUGGCUGUGCCGUUAUCUUUUACAUUUAGUUAUUUCAGUUCUUGUAUUGGUUUUUCAAUUUAUGUUUCCUAGUGACAUGUUCAUGUGGCUUUUGUCAUAUUUUGAUUGAUAUAAAUAUCAAAUGAAAUAGUAAAUUGUCUAUGCUAUCUGGGUUCACAAUUUCUCUGCUGUAAUAAGAACAAGGUACCAAAUAUGACCAUAACAUUUUAUUCCCACACUGAAGUUGUAAAACAGUAUGGUGUCAAGUGACAGAAUGGGCUCUAAUUUAUGUUUUAGAUGGUUUUGACGUCUUAAGAGAGGAUCUUUGAAUUUCACAAGUAAUUUAUCCAUGAUUAAGAAAACACCUUUUUAUUGCUUUCAUUAUCAUGCAAAAUGUAAAUACUAUGUUCCUCACGUUUUUCUGCAUUUUACAAAGUAAAGAUCCACCAUUUUAUGAGUGGUAAAUGAC